ACCUCUUUGGCACCGCCUCUCGCCUCUCAGACAGCGUUCAGGGCACCUUCACACAAUCACGCUUGUAGCUAUGGAAACUCGUCGAUGGCAACAUCCACCAGUCUUUUCUGCCCCCAUCCUCAUACCUCUCAGAGGUGCUGAGUGUGUGCAGCUGUAGCUGAUAAAUUAUACGCUGCAAGAUGGCGAUUGCGAGACUCGUUGCUUGUUUGGUUCUGUACAUCAGUCUAGGCCACAUUCCAUCAUCGCUUGGGGUAAUCCUCAGAACCACAGACAAGAUUGUUUGGGCAAAUGAAUUUGAGCCCAUCGAACUGACCUGCUUAAUAGAGUCUAUUUCAACAAACAACCCAAGGAUUGAAUGGAAAAAGAUUAAAAAUGGUGUCCCCAGUUAUGUCUACUUUCAAAACAAGAUAGCAGGGGACUUGGAGAACAGAGCUCAACUCAGAGAACCAGCCAACAUUCUGAUCUUCAACACCACUCGAUCUGACACAGCAGAGUACCGCUGCGAAGUGGCCGCCAUCGAUGAUCAAAGAGACUUUGAUGAAAUACUUAUAAGUCUUGCAGUUAGAGUGAAACCUGUUGUACCACGGUGCAGUGUGCCAGAGGCUGUCACAGUUGGAACCUCAACAGAGCUGCGAUGUCUGGAGAACGAGGGCUUCCCCGCUCCUCAGUAUCGCUGGUUCCACAACAAUGAGGAACUUCCACAGGAUCCCAAAAAUAGCCCAAGAUUUGUCAACUUCUCCUACAGCAUCAACCCCGACACUGGAGGCCUGAAAUUUCGACGGGUGAGGAAAGAAGAUGCAGGCGAGUACUACUGUCAGGCAAAGAACGAUGCAGGACAUGCACAGUGCUCUCCGCAAAUAAUGGAAGUCUAUGAUGUUGACAUCCUUGGAAUUUUCCUCAAGUCAGCUGCUGGAUUGGCUUUAUUCAUUCUUUUGGCUUUUUGCAUUUAUUCCUUUAGACGCAUGUGCCUUCACAGUAAAGAUCACAGUGAAAAUAACUACAACUGGCCAGCACAAAACGAUGGUGUUGAUUAUGGUGAUGCUGAUGAGGGACAUUUUCGCCACAAGUCUUCAUUCAUCAUUUGACAUCGCUGCCGCUGAAUAAAAUGAGACAAAAAUUAAA